AUGGGUUUCGCCACAGGCUUCACCGGCGGCGUCACGCUGACGCUCUCACUCGCCUACCUCUCCGUCCUCGCGCACCAGCGCAACCGCGAGCAGCAGAGCAGAUCCAUCCGUGCCCAGGCGCUCGUGCUGCAGAAUCUCGUCGACCCGAUCCCUCAACCGCUGCCACCUACACGCUCCGAAAUUGCUGCCGCGCAACGGACGGCGACGAUCGAGGUGGCCAAGGACCGAUGGAACGAGGAGGUCGGCAACGCCGUCCGGUGGGUGCAAGGCACCGACUGGGAUGAGGUCCGUGAAGGUAUGGAAGCGCGCAUUUCGGGGCUGUGGGCGGCGGCAUUUGGAGAGUCGGCGGAGGAUUCCGGAAAGGCUGAUGCAAAGCUCGAGCGGGUGGCGAGAAGGACAGAAGGUGCCGGCAAGGAUACCGGCAGAACCGUUGCGACGGCGGCGAAGGGUGCCUUGGAAGGAGCAAAAGAGAGGGCCGAAGGAUUCAGGUCUACGCUCGAGGACAAGGCGCUCGAGGCACGACUCAGCGGCAAAAGCCAGAUCUCCAACGUGUCGACCGAGGUGAAGGAGAAGGCAGUCGAGACGCAGGGCAUCAUCUCAUCGACACUCGAAAAGGGACGAGACAUGGUGGGCAAGGUCAAGACUGCUGUAGGCAUCGCCACAGGCGUUGCUGAAGUCAAGACGACAUCGGCAACGAAGGAGAAUGCUGCGUCUCCAGUCGAGAAGGCAUUGCAGCAGCGGUACGAGAAGCAAGAAGCAAAGGCGAACCGCUCGGUGGCCGAGGUGCUGAAGGAGCGGUACACGCCAAUGGACCAGCGGGACAACACUGUGCUCAGAGGGCUGUGA